AAGCAGCAGCAGGUCGAGCUGCGUGGGUAUGGUGUGGAGUUGGGUGGGCGACGGACCGGUUUAUAUUUUGCAAACAGCGAAUCGUUGGUAUGGAAGGGGUUCCCCAGACACUACUAUGAGUUCUUCCACACACGGUCUGUUUUAAACAUUCGGAGAAGUCUUGCAGAUCCAGGCUACUGUACCGCAAUACUAUAUAUAUAAUAUACUAAAAAACUGGGCGCACUGUCCUUGCUUGCGCGCAUCGGAUCCUACUCCCUAAAACAGUGUCUUUGAAUUCCAGAGCCGCACGUAGUACAUAAUUAUACAGAAAAUACUCUGUAUAUCUUUAAUCGCAAUGAAAGUGCUGUCAGCGGUGAUGCUUUUCCUCAUUCUGACUGAAGUUUUGUGCGACGGAGCGGAUCUCAGCGACGAGCGGAAUUUCUCUGCGGGCACUAACCCGGUACAGGAAGAGUGGCUGUCAUCGGAUCCGCUGAUGCUCCUCAGGAGACUGACAAGAAAACCAAGGCCGCAGCAAUUCUUUGGUUUGAUGGGGAGACGUUCCACAAGACAGAAACUCAACUCUUUUGUGGGGCUUAUGGGUAAAAGACAUCAAAUGGAACCAGGCCUGUUUCAGUGGAGCACAAUACAGAAUUAUGAAAAAAGUCAGUAAGACACACUGAGAAGUCGCCUCUCAACCCUGUGUAUGAAUGUUCCAAGAUGUUCAUCAGGAAUUUGUUCCUUUUAUAUGGGUGUAAUGUUUAUUUUGAGGUGGUGGAUAUGCGACCAGUGUAUCAAAGAUGUAUUUUAAGGUAAAAUGGGGCGAUCGCUGACAUGAAAAAAAUUAUGUUACUGCUUGUCAUACAAUAAGCAUAACUAGCUGUGAUAAAACUACAAUAAAUUAUUUUGUUACUUAUUAUCAAGCAAAGAACUUUGUAGUUGGAAACUUGAAAAGCAAGGUUUGCUAUGGCUGUGUACACUUGUGUUUUUGCUUUUUCAGUUCUUCUAUUACUUAUCUUAGCCAUUAAAUACAUAAAUGCACUGGGUGGGUUCAUUAGGUCCCUUCUUUUUGGUUAUACUUUGCGGAAAAAUGAACAUGGAAAACCAA